AUGUCAUCCAACCAGCUUGUCGAUUGUCCCAUCUGUAGCAAGCCCGUCAAGGAGCUGAAUAUUAAUCGACACAUUGAUUCUGGCUGUGAGUCUUUUGUCGACGACUCGCCUCCGACCACCCAGCAGAAUGCACCUAAAUCAACCCAAGUCACCAACUUCUUUCAAACUCCGGCUGCCAAGCGCACUCAGAGCAUUCCCGCCUCUACACAGGCCGUGAAUGGUGCUACAACCCCAAAGCCCACUCAAACACCCACCGCGACUCAGAAAAGACCCUUAGAAGAUGUCAAAGACGAAGACAUCCCUCAACCCUUACCCAAAAGAUCCAAAAAUGCCAACCUGGAGAAGGCUGCUCCACUGGCCGAACGGAUGCGGCCACAAUCUCUAGAUGAGGUUCAAGGUCAGGAACUUGUAGGACCAAAAGGUGUCUUGCGCUCCUUGAUUGAGACCGAUCGCGUGCCUUCUAUGGUAUUAUGGGGCGGACCAGGAACUGGCAAGACAACAAUCGCUCGAUUAAUUGCGAAAACCGCUGGUAAUCGCUUCGUCGAGAUCAACAGUAGUUCGUCAGGCGUCGGUGAAUGCAAGAAGCUGUUUGCCGAAGCUCGCAACGAGCUUUCUCUCACCGGCCGCAGAACCAUCAUCUUCUGUGAUGAGAUUCAUCGGUUCAGUAAGAGCCAACAAGACGUGUUUCUGGCCCCUGUAGAGAGCGGCGUCAUCACCUUGAUUGGUGCGACAACCGAGAAUCCAAGCUUCAAAGUCAUAAAUGCUCUGUUGUCAAGGUGUCGAACAUUCACCCUUGCCAAGUUAGACGACGAGCACAUCACAGCCAUCUUGAAGCGGGCCCUGAACAUUGAACCUCCUACAAUAAAACAUGCUGCAGACUUGUUGGAAGGGAACGACCAUGCACUGCUCCAUUAUCUGGCAAGCUUCGCAGACGGGGAUGCGCGUACAGCACUAAAUCUCCUCUCUCUAACCCUGGAUUUGUCAAACAGUCCCGAGACCACCAUCGAGACUGUCAAAGAAAACCUGACUCGGACGCUAGUAUACGACCGUCAGGGUGACCAACAUUAUGACACCAUUAGCGCCUUCCACAAAAGUGUCAGGGGUAGCAAUCCUGAUGCAGCCCUCUACUAUCUUGCCCGCAUGCUGCAAUCUGGCGAAGAUCCGGUUUACAUUGCGCGGCGAAUGGUAGUCAUGGCUAGUGAGGACAUUGGCCUCGCGGACAACAGUUUAUUACCACUGGCAACAGCUGCUUAUACCGCAGCCAAAGAGAUUGGUAUGCCGGAAUGCAGAAUAAAUCUGGCCCAUGCAGCGGUCGCCCUUGCCGAAGCACCAAAGUCUACACGCUCUUAUCGAGGCCUCAACGCUGCAUAUGCUGCUCUAUCAGAACCUGGGGUUGCAGGACUGCCUAUUCCUGUUCAUCUCCGGAAUGCCCCUACGAGGUUGAUGAAAGAGUUGGGCUAUGGCAAAGAAUACAAGUACAACCCGGAUUACAAGAACGGAAGGGUAAACCAAGAAUACUUCCCUGAUAAGCUGAAAGGCAACGUCUUUCUUCCGCAGAACCACCUCGGGGAUAAAGUCGAUCCCGAUCUCCCUCCCGCCAUGGAAAUGCAUCAGGGUCAAGUUGCGGACAACGAAGAACCCAAAGAGUGGUCAGCUGAAGAUGAUGAAGCUAUUGACUAUGACGGUUUGGACGAUCAUGUAGGUGAAGAAGACGGCGAUGGCGAAGAGCGUAUACUUAACCCUGAUGGAGAAUGA